CAGCUGGCAGUCCACAGCCCUCCGAAGAGAGAGAGCGAACAAGCGGAAGGAGCUUAAGAGAGCAAGCGAACUAGUGGGAUAGGGGAGACCAAGACUGACCAUUAGCCAGGCAGACGGACGGACAAACGCCAGGACAGACAGACUGAGCCGGCGCUGGAGAACCUCCCACGGGUUCCCUCCCGCCUUUCCCUUUGAAAGCCAGGAUUUUGCUUUUUCUGAGGCGCCUGAGAGAGAAUGCUGGACUCUGCCGACUUCAGCGCAAGCUAAGAUUUCUCAGUCAGGGAAGAAAGACCGGCCCAAUUUUGGGGGGGGGGCGGGAAUCAAGCGCCCCAGCCCCCACUCCCCUUCCCCUCCCCCAUCAAACUCGGGCUCCAAACCCUGCCCUUCCCUAAUCAUCCGACUUCCUCCUCUCCUUUUUAGCAUGGUGGCUGUAUGGACAGUCUGACAGAACAGAGACUGACAUCUCCCAAUCUGCCAGCCCCCCACCUGGAACACUACAGUGUUCUGCAUUGCACCAUGACCCUGGAUGUGCAAACUGUAGUUGUUUUUGCCGUGAUUGUAGUCCUCCUGCUUGUCAAUGUCAUACUAAUGUUUUUCCUGGGAACCCGCUGAAUGGAGUCCAGCCACCUAAUCUGUUUCGAACUCUUGCUUUGAAUUCUAUCCCUAGAGCCACCAAAGGGUAGGGGUGUGGUGGGGGGCGGCAAGAGAAACAAGACAGAGACAGGGAAAGAGAGGGAGAAAGCAAGCUAUUUUACUCAGGGGGGAAAACGUUAGGAGCUUCAACAUGGCCUCGCUCUGAUAUGUAUGACGUUGAUGUCAGGAACACUGAUGGGCCCAUCCAGGUUGGAACCAGUUGGAGAAAAAAGAGAACAAAUAACAAAGUAGCCAGAGAAAGGCAGACUACCCCUUCCUCCAUCUCAUCAUUGUCUUAGAUGAGUGUUGUGAAUGUGCAUAUGUACAUAUGGCAGUGGGAUAGAUCCCUGCCUACUGCUGUGUGGAGCCCAAUCCUGCUGGUAAAAAAGUCUAAUGAACAGGCUGAUCACUGGAGAUUCCAUCGUUAGUGCUGAGGCAGUAUGGGAUCACGUCACCAUGGCCAACCGGGAGUUGGCAUUUAAGGCUGGCGACGUCAUCAAAGUCUUGGAUGCCUCCAACAAGGAUUGGUGGUGGGGCCAGAUCGACGAUGAGGAGGGAUGGUUUCCUGCCAGCUUUGUGAGGCUCUGGGUGAAUCAAGAGGAUGGGGUGGAAGAAGGGCCCAGUGAUGUACAGAAUGGGCACCUGGACCCCAACUCAGACUGCCUCUGUCUGGGCCGGUCACUACAGAACCGGGACCAGAUGCGGGCCAAUGUCAUCAAUGAGAUUAUGAGCACUGAACGCCACUACAUCAAGCACCUCAAAGACAUUUGCGAGGGAUACCUGAAACAAUGCCGUAAGAGGAGAGACAUGUUCAGUGAUGAGCAAUUAAAGGUGAUCUUUGGGAACAUUGAAGACAUCUACCGGUUUCAGAUGGGAUUUGUGAGAGACCUGGAGAAACAAUACAACAAUGAUGACCCCCAUCUCAGUGAGAUAGGACCUUGUUUCCUGGAGCAUCAAGAUGGAUUCUGGAUAUAUUCUGAGUACUGUAAUAACCACCUAGACGCCUGCAUGGAGCUCUCCAAGCUGAUGAAGGACAGCCGUUAUCAGCACUUCUUUGAGGCCUGUCGCCUCUUGCAGCAGAUGAUUGACAUUGCCAUUGAUGGCUUCUUAUUGACUCCAGUGCAGAAGAUCUGCAAGUAUCCUUUACAGCUGGCUGAGCUUCUCAAGUACACCGCCCAGGACCACAGUGACUACAGGUAUGUGGCAGCUGCUCUGGCUGUCAUGAGAAACGUGACUCAGCAGAUCAACGAGCGCAAAAGGCGUUUGGAGAAUAUCGACAAGAUUGCACAGUGGCAAGCCUCCGUCCUUGACUGGGAGGGUGAAGACAUCCUAGACAGAAGCUCUGAGCUGAUCUACACUGGGGAAAUGGCCUGGAUCUACCAGCCAUACGGCCGCAACCAACAGCGGGUCUUCUUCCUGUUUGACCAUCAAAUGGUCCUCUGCAAGAAGGACCUGAUUCGGAGAGACAUCCUGUACUAUAAAGGCCGUAUUGAUAUGGAUAAAUAUGAAGUGGUUGACAUUGAAGAUGGCAGAGAUGAUGAUUUCAAUGUCAGCAUGAAGAAUGCCUUCAAACUUCACAACAAGGAGACAGAGGAGAUCCAUUUGUUUUUUGCCAAGAAGCUAGAGGAGAAGAUUCGCUGGCUCAGGGCUUUCCGAGAAGAGCGGAAAAUGGUUCAGGAAGAUGAAAAAAUUGGUUUUGAAAUUUCUGAAAAUCAGAAGAAGCAGGCUGCAAUGACUGUGAGAAAAGUCACUAAACAAAAAGGUGUCAACUCUGCCCGCUCAGUUCCUCCUUCCUACCCACCACCGCAAGACCCAUUAAACCAGAGCCAAUACCUGGUCCCCGAUGGCAUCGUUCAGUCGCAGGUCUUUGAGUUCACCGAACCCAAGCGCAGCCAGUCACCAUUCUGGCAAAACUUCAGCAGGUUAACCCCCUUCAAAAAAUAAUACCUGGAGGGAGUCAGAUAAUUUUAAAAUAAAGUAAAUAAAAUUAUAUUUAUAGAUGGAUCUUUUUUCAGAGAAGCACUGUUGAAAUGUGUGUAUGUAGAAGUAUAUAUGUGUGUAUAUAUAUAUAUGCAUAUAUGCACACAAACACACAUACUCUUGAGUGUAUGUACACACACACACACACACAGAAGGACCAAAAAUGUUUUCUGUUGGUUUUGGGAGGUGAAGUUGGUAGUUAGUAGAAAGAGGUACCAAUGACUUCCAAAUAUUUCAUCCCUUCUAAAGAGUUUUUAGUUCUUACCUUGUUUACCUCCUCUUUCCAUUAAAAAAAAAAGACAUUUAUAAUUGUUCCUUUUCUUGUUGAGAUAAUCUAUUUGCUCUCUUGUGAGUGAUUCAUUGACUUGUCAUUAUUACCAUAGAUGUGCUUGUAUUUGGUUUUCUUUCCUGAUGAUACUGAUGCUGAUGAUUUUCAUUUCAUUUAAUGUAGUGGAGUUUGGGGAGUUGGGAUUUCUUUUAACCCACUUUCACUUUUCACUGGGGAUCCCUUUUUUCCUCUCCCUCAGCUGACCAUCUGCAAAUGUCCCUGAAGCUCUGCAGUUGCCCCAACAGCUUUUUCCCUGCAUCCUCUGUCCUAAGUCUUGCCCGUCUGGACAUGCUCUGUUGUGCCCUGUGACAUAACUACUUGGUAUUUAUACUGCUUCCACUGUGUUUUAGGUGUUGUGUAGGGAUCAAAAUAAAACAGAAACAAAGGAGUGUUAGAGUAUAAUGAUACUGGAAAGGACUCUGUUCAAGGAAAAUUCUAGUUUUGAACUAUUUCUUUGCUUAGCAUUGGGGGUUCCAUGUUGCCGUAUUGGCAGGUCAUGGUAGCAUAGUUUGGAUCAAUUAUUUUUUUGAGUAUGCUUUUGGUUAAAGGCUUCCCUGGCCCAGAAGCAUAUCUAAACUGGAAGCCUCGUGGAGGAGGAAUUUAACUGGUCCCCAAUACCAAGAGUCUUUUAAGGCUGGACUCACCACAGCAAGCAGUCCAGGGAGCAGUCAUUUCUGCUUCCAUUUGCAGGUGGUUUUUUUGUUUUGUUUUGUUUUGUUUUGUUAGGGGCGGCACUGUUAGGUGUCUAAGGUGGGAUCCAAGACAGAAUCCACCUAAUCAAGAUCAUCAACUUCCUUCUAGUUUUUAACCUGGACAGAGUCCAAAGCUGAAAGUUGCCUAUUACAGGAAAAAAGAGACAACUUUGGCGCAAGAUAUAUACUUGCAGUAGCUACCACUCCAGUUGUUAAUAGAUUGCAUGGAUAAUCUUCCCUGCCUCCUUCCUUACUUUUUCCUUUCCCUUCUUUUUCCUGUUCUCCCAGUACAGAAGAAUUUUUGGUGUUGACAAAGUUAAAGUAGUUCUGGUUCUCAAAGAAGAUCCUGUUUCCAACAUCCUCAUGUCGCAAGACAUUUGACACAAGUAAAAAAAAAAGACACAGGACACUUUUUCCUGCAGUUAAAGGGUAUGAAACAGAGAUGCUGUCCUCAGGUUCACAUAUGAAAGUUUCACACUUGGGCCAAACUAAUUUCUCCCACAAAGAGGCAAGCUCAUAUUCCUCUUCCCCCAUGUAACCACAUGGAUAUAUAGAGACCUUGAUUAGCAAGUAAUAUGGAGUAAAAAGGAGCAAAGAGAGGUCUUAGACCCCAUAAAAAUAGUUCAUCCUGAAAUAAAUCCAGCUUUUUAAGCAUAGCUUGUUUGGUUACUGCGCUAUGCCUCCUGAACCAUACGAGGCCAUGCCCAGCCUGAGAAUAUUUCCUUUGUAGAAAUCAAAUGACAAGUUUAAGCUUCAAUUCCACACACACACACCCCGCCGCCGCGCCCCCCCCCCAUGUUGGGUUGAAGCUGAGCUUAGCAAAAGUACAUGACUCUGGACUGACCACUACUGCUCCUUACAUAACUCAGUUAAUUAAGCUCUCUUGGCAAGGGGCUUGGUGCCAAGUAUUCAGACUAAAGUGUCCCACCUAGUGAUCAGAGUCUCUCAGUAGCAUUGCAAGUCUUCUUUGAGUGGAUAUUGCCCUCCUCCUUUCUACUCUUCCUCCUAGGAUCAGCCAUGAACUUUUUUUUUUUUUGAAGGCUAGGGCACACUAGGAGGGAAUGUUUAGAAUAGUUCCUAAGCCUAUCAGACCAAACAUAUCUUGUACAAAAGCCUCUCCUCACAGGGCUUGUACCCAGAGCUCCAGUAUCAGAGAUAUCACUUUCUGCUUUCCACCUCUCGUGUACUCAACAAAAUGGAAUCACUAAAUGUCAAUACGUUGUGAAAGCAACAAGAAAUCAGUUUGCCAUCCGUUGAAGUGGUUCCUCAGCUUUUAGUAACAAAGUGGACCAGUGGUCAGCAUCUUAAAGGGGACCCUAUUACCUUGGUUCAGGGUACCAACCUAGUCUUUGUCCUCAAAACAAUGCCAACAUUAAGAACUCUAACUCUUCUCCAUUUCUGCAUGUUCUUAAGAUCCCCUUUCCUCAACUCAGUGGGGCCAGGAUUUGAUCUCCAAAAGGGUUGCUAGUAUAUUUGGAACCUGCUAUAAGGUGAUCCUGACAAAAAGAUCCACUCUCUCUUUUACCCUCUCUUUCUAUCCUUUUCUCUGUGUGUAUAUCUCUAAUUGAUAUACAAGGAGGGCAACAAGAAAGUUCCAAAAAUUCUAGUGUGAAGCCAAAUAGUAAUCUUUUAGUGCUUUGGGGGUAGGGGACUGGGCUGGGGUGGAUGGAUGGGUAAUAGUGAUUUUGAUGACCCCUGCUGCUCUGCAUUUGCCAGUUUAUUCUUUUGUUUCUUCUAUAUGAUUAUUUGACUCUGUCAAACAAGUGUCAAACUUGUGUGUUUAGAAAACAACAAUAAAUGUUUAACAACAACAAAGAGAGAUAUUGUAAUGACACAAAGCCUUAUGAAAAUAUUUAUGGAAUUCAAUAAAAGAAGUAAAAAGAUGC